AUGGUGGUGGGGUCGGCAAACCAGAAGGAAGAUACCCUUGUUCCUCCAACCUUCUCAGGUUGCAAGACUACAGGAGCAGUUGCAGAAAGAGAGGGAGUUGAGGACAGACAGUAUAGGAAGCUGGACAUAAAAAAGGGACCUUCCAUGUCUCAACCUCUAUUAAUGAGAAGGGGAAGGCAGAGCUUGAGGGAAUCGCGGAAACAGAGGCAGAUAUCAUCAACUUGA